UAACGCGGUCGUUUUGGCUAGGCCAGCCAAUCACAGAAAAAACACCGACUCGAAUAGCCGACACGACACCGGUAAUGUUAUAGAAGCGGUCUGUGUGGGUUUCGGAGGUCUGUGAAGCAGAAAGAAUCAGAAAGAAAUGGAGAGAAAAGUGAGAAUAGAAGCGAUUGAGAGCAUAACAGAGAGGUUGUCCUGUCUGGAAAAUCUCUACUUCCCACGCGCCCUUCAAUCUUCUGCCUCUGAUCCCUCCCAUCGCAAGUCUAUCCUCCACGACCUCCUCUCCCGCGACGUCCCCGUUUUCUUAGAAAGAUAUGGGUCAGAAUUGACUAGUGAUGAACUCCUCGAAUUCGACGCACUCAAUGAUGAUUAUGAGGUUAAUUGGCACUUAAAGCAUCUUAGAAGCAAGAUGAGUCCAACUUCAGAGGAAUUGAAAUCAAGGUCAGUGACCGUCAAGAAUCGGAGGCGGGCUUACUUGAAUAAAUUGAUAUGUGAUGGGCAAUAUUUUUCGGAGGAUGCAAUGAGGGAGAGAGAACACUAUUUGCAUCAUGAGUAUUUGGGAAAGUUUCAGGAUUUAAGUGGGAGAAGCAUGGCCAAGCCUGGGGAACGCUGGUCUGAGACUUUGAUGAGGAGGUGUGAGGAAGCUAGGUUGGUUGCUAAGAUUAGAGAAGAACAGCAGAGGCUCGGUGUGGCUCAAAAAGAUUGGGUUGGGAAUGAGACAAACCAGCAAGAAGAAGAAGAAGAGGAGGAGGAGGAGGAGGAGGAAGAAGAAGAAGAGGAAGAUGAGAAUGAAAUGAAAAAGGAAAAUGGAGGCGAGCAUGGCAAUGAAAUGCUUUUGGACCAUCCUGGCAACGACAGGGGUGCUACUUCUGCAACUAUGGGGGAAGAUGAAGAAGCACCUUCAGCAGAAGAAAUGCAAGAUAGGAUGGAUCAAUUCACGUACAUUAUGCAGCAGAAGUUUCUAUCUGGGGAAGACCGUGAGCAUUUAGAUUACACAAAAAUAGAUGAUGAUGAGACCUUGGAUGAUCACUGGCUUAGGGAAGCUAACCAUGAUGCUGAGGAGAAGUAUUUUGCUGAAGACUAAGAAUGGAGACAUACAUUCACUCAUUGCUAAACAUUUGCAGAGAGCUCUUUGGUAUAAGCAGUGAUUACCCUUUUGUAGUUAUGCACCUAACUUCUUUUCAUACAAAUGAUAUGAAAUCACAUGUUCAGUUGGAAGCUAUUCUUCAAUUAGACCAAUAACAGAGCAUUCUGUAUUGUAAUUUCGAAUUACAAUUUUAAGGUUCCUUCAAGCAUAUAGCCAAA